AUGGUUUCCAAAGGCGAUUCCAAGCAGCAGUCCAAGGAGGACCUGCUCCUGCAGGAUUUGGCCAAGUCCUUCGUGUUCUUUGGGAAUACCUUCAUCAUGUCCAUCAUCCCCAGCCAGUUAUCUUGGCAAAUAUGGCAUAUGGAUCUUAUUCAGUCUGCUGUUCUCUAUAGUGUGAUGAUCCUAGUAAGCACUUAUUUGGUAGCCUUUGCAUACAAAAUUGUGAAAUUUGUUCUCAAACACAAAGUAGCACAGAAGAGGGAGGAUGCUGUUUCCAAAGAAGUGACUCAAAAACUUUCUGAAGCUGGUAAAAGAAAGAUGUCUCAAAAGAAAAAAGAUGAAAGAAUCUUGUGGAAGAAGAACAAAGUUGUCAGUUACAAAGCUACGACAUUUUCCAUCCUUUAUAACAACAUCCUAUUCCUGGUCUUGGUCAUUGUUGCUUCCUUCUUUAUAUUGACAAACUUCAACCCCACAGUGGACUAUAUUUUGUCCAUAACUGUUUCAUCAGGGCUCAUUGCCCCCCUGUCUACUGGCUCCAAAUGGGCCAUGUCCUGUUGGAGACCCAUUGGGAAACCGGUCAAAUUGGAAGUUCUGCCCAAUCCUGGCACGUGCAUCCCCUACUGA